AUGGUGGCGUUCUGGGGCUGCGAGGUGACGGAGACCAAGGCGGCGGUCGUGGACGUGCCCGAGGGCUUCGUGCUCAACGUGUGCAACGCCACGAGCGGCGUGGCCAGCGCCGACGCGCAGGUGGCGCUCGGCCUGGAGACGCCACAGCUCGACGGCAAGGCCUGGAAGGGCGCCGUGGCGCACCUGGGCGGCAAGCAGCCGCUGCAGGUCAAGCUGGACCUGGUUUUCGGCCACAAGGUCAAGUUCUACCUGGCCAAGGGCUCGGGCGCCGUGAACCUCACGGGCUACUUCCAGCCGGGCCCUCCCGCCGACCUGUUCGAGGUGGAGGAGACCCCCAAGGUGGAGGCUGCUAAGGCCGACAACAACAAGAAGAGCAAGAAGCGCGCUCGCGAGGAGAAGAAGACGCAGAAGGACGAGGUGUCCCCCUCGUCCAGCGACUCGGAGAACGUCCCUGAGAAGAAGGUCAAGGCCGACGAGCCUGCGACCACGACGCCUCCAGCCAAGAAGGAGGAGCAGAAGAAGAAGCCCAAGCCGGCCGAUACUCCUGCCAACUCCUCCACUCCCAACAACAACGACACUGCUGCUUCGGGUUCGUCCCAGAAGAAGAAGCGCAAGAAAAACAAGCACAAGAAGCAGGCUGCCGCCAACGGCGAGGCCAAGUAA